AUGAGAGAUGUCAUUGAAAGAAUGAACGUGGAGAACCUUAACGGCCGUAACAUCACUGUAAACGAAGCUCAAUCACGAGGAAGUUGUGGCGGUGGAGGCGGUGGUGGAGGUGGAUACGGAAGUGGUGAUGGCGACGGAUGCGGCUACGGUCAAAGUCGUGAAGGUGGUGGUGGAUACGAAGGUCGUCGUGAAGGAGGCGGCGGUGGUUAUGGAGGUGACAGAGGAAGCCAUGGUGGUCGUUCAGAAGGCAGAUGGAGGAUUCAGGACACUAUUGAUGCACUAUUGAUAGCUGGUCUCACCUCGUUGAUGCCAUUCUUCGUUUGGGGCCUGGUGAUUCAGAAAAGGUUCAGUCAGCGCGAAAGGUUGACCACAUCUGAGUUCGAAGAGCUGACGUUAAGGUUAGAAGAGUUAAGUGAAGUCAAGGCUCUUUAG